AUGAUGACCGCGCCCAAAAUUGGCUGGAUAGGCCUUGGGUCCAUGGGCCUUCCCAUGGCUAUGAACCUCCAGACACAUCUGCGGUCAACAUCGGGGGAGCCUCUCAGCUUCACUAACCGCACGCUGUCCCGCGGCGAUCCGUUGCUCCAGCUCGGUGCGACAUCGUGCUCAUCUGUACCGGACGUCGUGGCCCAAUCCCACAUCAUUUUCAUGUCCCUAAGUGAUGAUGCUGCUCUAGAGGCUACAAUCAGCGCUAUUCUCCGCGCUGAAAGCAGUCUUGACGGCAAAGUAGUCGUGGAUACGUCAACUGUCCACCCCGAUUCUUCAGCCAGAGCAGAACUCCUAUUCAAAAAGAGAGGGGCUUCCUUUGUUGCCUCGCCCGUGUUCGGUGCCAGUCCGGUCGCUCAGAAGGCCCAGCUCCUGUUCAUGAUCGCGGGGCCGAACGCAGAUGUGGCGUCGAUCAUGCCAUAUGUAACCGGUGUGAUGGGCAGGGGCGUGAUCCGUCUGGGUGAGGAUGUCCGCCAAAGCAGUCUCCUGAAGACAGCGGGAAACUUCAUGACAGCUGGCAUGAUGGAGCUCAUAGCCGAGACACAUGUCUUUGCUGAAAAGGCGGCCCUCCCGAGCGACGCAGUCGCCACGCUCCUCAAACAGAACUUUGGACCUCUCGCGCACACCAUGUCAGAACGCCUAACCCUAGGAGCGUACUGCCCACCACCUGGGCAACGACCAUGGUCAGAUCUGAAUCUUGCGGUGAAAGACGUCGGUCACGGUGUCAAGUGCGCUGAAGACGUGGGCGCAAAGCUGCACAUUGGCGAGAUAGUGUUGGCACACCUAAAGGAGGCGCGGAAAGAAGAACGACCUCUGGAUUCAUCAAGUCUGUAUGGAGUGUUGCGGCGGGAAGCAGGAUUGGAUUUUGCGACGGAUUUCGUAGAGAAGAGGGAUGGCGUGCAGUGA